AUGACUUCUUUUGAAGAAGCUGAAACUGAAGAAACAGUAACUUGUCUCCACAUGACCUUUUACCAUCCUUGCCAAGAACACAAGAUGAUGUUUCGUUGCUUGAACUUCUGUAAGCGAGAACAGGUCAGGGCAGAUGAAACAGCCAAGUUUGGCCGCGAUUCUAAUGUCUGCCAUUAUAACCUAAUGGAUGCUCGUGUUUCUCGGAUUCAGUUUUCACUGCAGUUUUACAGAAAACUGAACAGCUCAGAAUUUUGUUUUGAGAUAAAGAACAUGAGCAAGAAAACAAAACUGUUUGUGGACCAAACAGAACUGGGUUACUUAAACAAAGUCGACCUGCCAGGGAAGUGCAUCAUUUGUUUUGGGGACUACCAGGUUUUAGCAGAGAUUCAAGAAGGGGAGUCUGUGGAUUAUUUUGAGACUCACUUACACUUGACUGAAGUGCCAAUCUUACAAGAAAGAUGUCUGCCAUCACUACAACCUGUACCAGAGAAUGGCAUUUCUUCUUCCUUGUUUCCUUCCCAAGGCAAAAGCCCCAUAGAGAUUGAUGAAAACGAGCCAUGCUAG